AUGGAACCAAAGAAAUUUAGGAGCAUGCGUUGCGAACCAAACAAUCUGAAUCCGUAUAAAGUAUACUAUACUGACACGGGAAAACCGUUCUAUUAUAACGCACACACGAACAAGUCAUACUGGAUUAUGCCAAAAGAUGACAGGAAAUACUUCUCUUCAGGCGACAUGCAAACAAUUAGUACGCUAGGAAAUUAUUUGCGGUUGGACAAGAAAGACAAAAAAUUAUUUUUUGAUCUUAUGGAACAGUGCGGCGUGCAAGAAGGUGCUACAGUAGAGGACUAUGCCGACAAACUCAAUGAUAAUAUUUUGUACAAUGCCUACGGUGAUUUGAAGGAGACAUUUCUGAAUGAGUUUAUAAGGUAUAAAAAAGAAAUGAUUAUUCGCGAAGAGAAUAAAAAUAGCGAAUCUGCCAUGAUCUACCUCCUCAAAAAGUAUUUAUACAGUGAUUAUGACGCAUCCUAUGACUACAAAGUAACAAUGAACUUUUUGUUCCAUAACAAUUUUUAUAAAGAUGCUGAAAGACGAAGAGAAUUCUACACCAAUUUCCUGGUGAACCGCUUCAUGUAUUAUUAUAAGCUUAAGCCCGGAAGAACAGACGAGUUUGCUGUUUUAAAUGAAGAGAAUAGGACAAAAAGACGAAAAGGCAAUAAUGGACAUUCUUCUUGUCUAAGAAAGAGCGAUGUCGAAAACAAAAGUACCUAUGAUGAAAACAAAACAGAAAAAAAUGAUGAGAGCAAAGUAAAUAAACAUGAGAAAUAUUCGAGUGCUAGUGUUUCGAUUGAUCAAUGUGAACUUGGAGAAUGCAAUACCAAUCAAGCCAAGAAGUUCGAGAAAAAACAUCCUGACCAUGCUUCGAAUAACAAGUCAAAAGAGGAUAUACAAGGUGAGACCAGAGCCGAAAAAGAUAUAUUGAUUUAUUUUGAGUCAUCUGAACAAUAUAAUCGCCUUAACACAAAAGAAAUACUUACAAAACAGCUAAAUAUCAGUUAUGAAGACUAUAACAGACUAGAAAACUUUGUGUUAUCGAAAAUGGACGCAACCAAAGGAUUUGUUGAUAUAAAGAACGACCAAUUUGUGGAACAAUUUGAUGAUAUAGCAGUUUUGUUAAUCUACAGAAAACUAUACGUCAGCCAUUUCAAGCUUAAUAAUCUAGCAGAUGGCGCUGAAAAUACCAAUCUCAUGAAAACAUAUCGUAUUAAAUUAAAGAAUUUGAUCAACAAAAUGUAUGUUAAUGGAUCGGUGUAUUAUAAAAUGGAAUAUGAACCUUUUUUAAAACUAGUUAAAAAUGAUCUUGUGGUUAGAAUAUUGAUGCUUGGAGGUAGUGCUGUGAAGGAAGAAUUUGAUGAUUUUAUCAGAAUGAAUUUGGAAAGGCUUGGAAUGUAUGAAAAUGAUUUUACUCCAGAAACAAAAAAAAGACUAAAUAACAUCGAUAGGCGGGCGAUGGAAACUUACUUCAACAACAAGGAUGAUGAUGAAUUGGAAGAGGGGGAAAUUAAGCUAUGAUCGUGUGUCUAUAAGGGAUUUUUAUAAAUGAAAUAAUAUAA